AUGGUUGAAAAUGCUUUAAAACUUUUCGUAGCUGUUUGCACCUUGAGCCUAGCAGCCUUAGUCUGCGCACAAACCAAUACACUCGAUGUAGCCGAACCCUCUAACGAAUACUUACCACCCGUACCAGCCGAAGUUGAAGAUGAAUCGGCUAAAUUAACCGAUGAUGGUUAUCGCUAUAAAACGGUACGCAAAUUAAAAUAUCGUGCUCGCCAUAGACGAGAUGUAUCUCAAGAAUAUCUACCACCCGUACAAGAACCCACCCAAGAGUAUUUGCCACCUGCGGAAGAGAAGGCAGAAACUAAAUUAGCCGAUGAUGGUUAUCGCUAUAAAACAGUGCGUAAAUUGAAAUUACGUACACGUCAUCGUCGUGAUGUUAGCGAAAUAGAACAACCCAGCAAGGAUUAUUUACCGCCAAUCGAUAUUGAAUUGGCUCGUCAGAGACGUGAAGUCUCUGCCCCCGUUAAUGAAUAUUUGCCACCAGCUGAGGAGGCAGAUGAAGCUGAAACUGAUGAUACAGUUGCGGUUAAAAGUGCUGAAUUGGCCGAUGAUGGUUAUCGUUAUAAAACUGUACGCAGAUUAAGAUAUCGUGCUCGUCAUUAGAACCGUAUGACAUCAGGUAUCAGAUGAUGGACUGACUUGUGGAUUUGAUAAUGAUUUUGAUGGUAUAUUUCAUAGAGCAUAAGUUUUAUAUUAUAAGUUUUCUUAAAUAAAGCAAAAGGAAGUUAAA